AUAACUAACCGGAUGUUUUAUUGUUUUCUGUCCAGCGAUAGUAGCACAUUGGACUUCAUUAGCCGAUAUAAAGUUAUGUGAGUCGUCAAGCUACCGCCAUGUGGCCGUUAUCCGUAUAAGUUGUCUUCUUCUAUUAAAGUCCCGCCUUCUAGCUUGUAAAUCAACAACACUUUAUCACGAGGUGGCAACGACAACUCAUCAUUAAUCACCACUUCCGCUUCUGUUUGGCUGAAACUGGCUGAGUUAAUUUUAGGUCGAUUGCUGUUGAGCUGCCAAAGUCCACAUACAUUGUCUUUAAUAUGGUUUACAACAAAGAGGCUGGACCCGAGCUGCGGAUCUACGGUUACACCAGAACAGCCUCCGCGCUGCUGUCUCACUGCAUCUGCAUCGUCUUCACUGUGUUCAUCACAGUCCUGUCUCGACCGGGAACAAGUUGGUUUUCCUGGCAUCCUUUCUUUAUGACACUAGCUUUCUCCUUCUUCAUGACAGAAGCCAUACUGCUUUUCUCCCCCUAUGGCUCCCUCUUGAAGCAGUUUUCACACAAGACAAAAGGUCGUGUUCACUGGAUCCUGCAGUGCCUCUGUGUGUCCUGUGCAGUCCUGGGCCUGGCAGCCAUCACCUAUAACAAACACCUGAACGGUAAACCCCACUUCACCUCGUGGCACGGUUUUCUGGGCCUGCUCACGGUGUGUGUGGUGGGGCUGCAGUCUUUGGCAGCUGUGCCUCUCAUCUACCACUCCCUGGCCAAAGGCUGGUCUCUGGCCAAACUCAAACGCUACCAUGCAGCAACUGGACUCGUCACAUACCUGCUGGGCAGCGCCAGCCUGCUCCUCGGCCUCAGCUCUGGCUGGUUUACUGCAGCAGUCGGGGAAUACACCUGGUACCUGUCAGCCCUCUGCUCUGCUCUCAAUGCCCUCAUCAUAAUGAGUCAAGUCAGCAGUGCGUACACGGCUAAGAAGCGUCUGCAGUCCUGAAUGAAGAGACUGUGCUGACACUCAAAUCAUUCUCUGAACACUUACGCAAGGUUCGUCCGCGAGAUUUCAUUAGUCACAUAUAAUCGGUUUGGUUUGAAUGAUCGUUAUAAAAGGAACUGAUGUCUGCAGCCGCACGCCUCUUUAAAGGUCACGAAGCACUAGUGCCAAACGUGGAUAAUGAAUUACUUUUCUUGGAUGGAAUAUACACAUGACCAUUGAGACCACCGAGAUCGUAUCUUUGUUUUUUUCCAAGGAUUUAUUUCUGGUUAUUUUUAUAGGUUAAAAUGUCCCACUGGGAUUUAGUUUGUGACCACAUAAUUACAAAAUUAAUGACAUUCCAAUCAGCCUCAGCUCUAAUUUUGUUUUUUUACUGCCCAUUUGUUAACAUGCUUAGCUAAACUGGUGAACAUGGUUAACAUUAUACCUGAUAAAAAUCAUUAUAGCAUUUUGCAGAGCAGUGAGCUUCUAGCAUGCAUGCAGAUUCUGUUUUAGACUAAAUUGCUUAAAAUGUGUGCUUAAAAUACAUACAUUAAAUAAUGAAAAUAAAGCUGUUCAUAUUAUCUACUGCAAACUGUGCAGUGUGAAUGUCUUGACCUCCAUAAAUACAAAAAUAUUUUAUUUCUUAAGAGAUUCUAAAAUCCUUCCACUGGCCCUGAUUAUGUUGAAUAAUUGUAUCUCAGGUUGCUUAUUAUCCUGUCUUUUGACUAUUUAUGUUGCCUGUGAUUACUUAUGUAGCCACCUGUUUUAAAUAAAAGAUAA